AUGUCGAAGAAAGCAGACUUGUUGAGUGGUAUCGAUGAAGAAGACCAAGAAAACCAAACUCUGGUCUUCAAAGUGUUUGGUUACGGGUCUCUUCUGUGGAAAGUGAACUUUAAUUACUCUUCUCGUGAUCAUGGUCAUAUCAAAGGGUUCCAGAGAAAAUUCUGGCAGAAUAACAAGACUCAUCGAGGGACAGAAGAAAAGCCCGGACGAGUAGCCAUUCUUCACAAAGCUAAAGAAGACGAUAAGCUCUGUGGCGCAAUGUUUACCAUUAAGGGUGCAUCAGACAUUGAGGAUGCCAAACAGAAAUUGGAUACACGGGAAACAGUGCUCGGUGGUUACAUCUCAAUUCCGACCACGUUCUACGAUGAAUGUGGUGUCAAGUCCGACGUCACUGUAUUUACAGCUACCCCUGACAACGACCUCUAUGUGGGACAGAUUUGUGAUCAUCCUCAUGAUGACGUAGAACAUAUAGCUACACAGGUUGUCGACGCAAAAGGCCGCGCUGGAACCAAUGCAGAAUAUGUCAUCAGACUGGCAGAUUAUGUUAGAAGACAUUUUCCAAACGAGGACGACGAACAUUUAUUUUUGCUCGAGAAAAAAGUCACCGAAAAAUUGAGAAAUCGUUCGCGGACAAUUCAAAUCAACUACGAUCAUAUGAAUGAUAUUAAUCAUCAUGAUAUUUGAUUUUCUGAAUGUAACAACUUGUUGUGCUAUGAUUGUUGCAUCUAUGAAUAUUGCUAAUAUCUUUUCAUUGUUUCAUUUAUAUCAUGAAUGUACGAUGGUUGGUAAAUCAUAUUUUAAUUAUGUUAAUUAAUAUAUCUUGUUAAAUAUUUUAAAGUUACGAUUCUCGUUGAUUCUUACUAUAAACGUACAAAACGUAAGUUUAAAGCCAGCUGCAAAUUAUAAAAAAAAUAACUCAAAGGAAAGCCUUAAAGUUUUAAAAAAGAUUUUUGUUAUGGUGUGUAAUAGCCAAUUUCCAAAUUAAACCUUUUCGAAGGUAAAUUUGCUAAUGUUUAACGAAAGCAUGUGCUUUUUUAACCUAUUAACAAUAAAAUACAUACCGGUAAUAGAAAUGCAAUCAUAAAAUGCGUAUUUUGUAAAAUCCUUUCAAUAUUCACACCAAUAGAUAUCUUACCCACGUGGCGCUCAACCUGCCAUAACAAAUGGCUAAAGAACGGUAUUGAUAUUUGGUUAUUUUCCACGCAUCUUUGCAAAAAUGGAAUCAAAGUUUUAUUUACGUCGUAGAUGCGCGAA